AUGGGAAGUCAAAAUACAAAACCUUCAUCCAAGAAAACUACUUCUACUUCAAAAUCAAAUAAACACAGCAUCCCUGAUCAGUUUUCAACUAUGGAAGAACUUCAACAAGCAUUAAGAAAUGCAGGAUUAGAAAGUUCCAACUUACUUAUUGGUAUUGAUUAUACUAAAUCAAAUACAUGGACAGGAAAAGUAUCAUUUGGUGGACAAUGUUUACAUUAUAUUAAUCCACAAUAUCCUAUUUUUAAUCCAUACCAACGAGUUAUUGAUGCUAUUGGACGUGCUUUAGAACCUUUUGAUGAUGAUAGAUUAAUUCCAACAUAUGGAUUUGGAGAUGUCACUACCACUAAUAAAAGUAUAUUUUCAUUUAUGCCUAAUGAAGCUCCAUGUGCUGGAGUUGCUGAAGUUUUGAGAAGAUAUAAUGAAAUAACACCAAGUGUUCAAAUGUCUGGACCAACAAAUUUUGCUCCAUUAAUUAGAAAAGCUAUUGACAUUGUUCGUACUACACAUUCUUAUCAUAUCCUUUUAAUUAUUUGUGAUGGUCAAGUUGAUAAUGAAAAAGAUACUACAGCAGCCAUUAUUGAAGCGUCUAAUUAUCCACUUUCAAUUGUUGCUAUUGGUGUUGGAGAUGGUCCAUUUGAUAAGAUGGAAAAUUAUGAUGAUAAUUUAACUGAAAGCAAGUUCGAUAACUUUCAAUUUGUUAAUUUCUAUGAAGUUGUUUCUGCUCGCCCUGAUCUUCAAGAUAUAGUAUUUGCUGUUAAAGCAUUACAAGAAAUACCUGACCAAUAUGCAUUUAUUAAGGAACAUGGUUAUUUAGAUAAUUAA